UCAUCGCCUGUAGUUUCUGUGCUUGAAGUGCGCUUGGCUUGCUUCAGUUCCCUGUGAUUGAAUCAUGAAGAACAUAAGACAUCACUGGGAGUGGUACGGACAUUGUGCAAUAGCUGGAUAGAGGAGUUUAUUUGCUUUUCUUUUGCCCGUGUGAAAUUAUAAUGCUGCUGCGCACGGACCAAGCCGCUUUUCUCCAUGAAGUGUUUAAGCACCGAUAAAGUCGGACAGAAAGUGAUUACGGAUACCGGACGAAUACAGGACAAACCCGAAUAAUAAGAGUGUGAUUCUGCACAGUAAGAGAGAUGGGGAACGCAGGCAGUAUGAACCAGCACACUGACCCCAGAGGACAUCACAUGCCUCUCAAACUGCCCAUGCCUGACCCGGGGGAACUGGAGGAGAGAUUUGCGCUCGUCCUGAACUCAAUGAAUCUGCCUCCAGACAAAGCAAGAUUACUACGACAAUAUGACAACGAGAAGAAAUGGGAACUCAUAUGUGACCAGGAACGAUUCCAGGUGAAGAAUCCUCCUCACACGUACAUACACAAGAUGAAGAGUUAUCUUGAUCCAGCUGUUACAAGGAAGAAGUUCAGGAGGAGGGUUCAGGAGUCAACACAGGUCCUGCGGGAAUUGGAAAUCUCAUUAAGGACCAAUCAUAUUGGGUGGGUGCGGGAGUUUCUGAAUGAGGAGAACAAGGGUUUGGACGUAUUGGUGGAGUAUCUAUCGUUUGCUCAGUAUGCAGUCACAUAUGAUGGUGACAGUUCUGAGAACAGCACAGAAAACGUCAUGGAUAAAUCAAAGCCGUGGAGUCGAUCCAUUGAAGAUCUCCAUAGAGGAAACAGCCUUCAAUCGCCCGUUACAGGAAGCAUCUCCAGAUCUAGCAGACAUUCAACGCUAAGGUCUAAUACAUUACCCAGCAGGAGAACGUUGAAGAAUUCAAGAUUAGUUUGUAAGAAAGAUGACGUUCAUGUCUGUAUCAUGUGCCUACGAGCCAUCAUGAACUACCAGUAUGGCUUCAACCUGGUAAUGUCUCACCCACAUGCUGUGAAUGAAAUUGCACUAAGUCUAAACAAUAAGAAUCCCAGGACUAAAGCUCUGGUUCUUGAGCUGCUGGCUGCUGUGUGUUUGGUUCGAGGAGGUCAUGAGAUCAUUCUGUCUGCCUUUGAUCAUUUUCAAGAGGUUUGUUCAGAAAAUCAGCGGUUUGAGAGACUCAUGGAGCAUUUUAAGAAUGAAGAUAAUAACAUUGACUUCAUGGUCGCCUGUAUGCAGUUCAUAAACAUUGUGGUUCAUUCUGUGGAAGACAUGAAUUUUAGAGUGCACUUACAGUACGACUUUACAAAACUGGGCCUGGAUGAAUAUUUGGAUAAACUGAAGCACACAGAAAGUGAUAAACUGCACGUGCAGAUUCAAGCAUACCUGGAUAAUGUGUUUGAUGUCGGGGCUCUGUUAGAAGAUGCAGAGACCAAGAACGCGGCGCUGGAGAGAGUCGAGGAACUGGAGGAGAACAUGUCUCAUUUGACAGAGAAGUUACAAGACACGGAGAAUGAAGCAAUGGCAAAGAUUGUUGAGCUAGAGAAACAGCUCAUGCAGAAGAAUAAAGAACUGGAUUCAGUUCGGGAAGUGUAUAAAGAUGCCAGCUCUCAGGUGCACACCCUGCGACGGAUGGUAAAGGAGAAAGAUGAGGCCAUUCAGAGGCAGUGCAACCUGGAGAAGAAGAUCCACGAGCUGGAAAAACAAGGAACUAUUAAAAUCCAAAAGAAAGGGGAUGGGGACAUAGCCAUCCUGACCUCCCUACCGCAGGGAAACGGUCAUCUGGCAGUUUCCGAGGUUGUGGCUGGAAUGCCUAGUGCGGGCAUGGUCAUUCAUGGAGGUGUGGCUAAUGGGACAGCACAUAACAUAUCCAUGCCUGCACCUCCACCACCCCCUCCUCCUAUGCCAGAAACAGUACUAAAUGGCCCGUAUGCUGUCCCAGCACCUCCUCCACCACCUCCGCCCCCACCUCCUCCUCUCCCAGGUCCUGCUUUGGAUAUAUCUGCCCCUAUGCCUCCUCCGCCACCUCCCAUGGCUCCUCCACUUCCCGGCUGCGGUUCACCCACCGUCAUCAUGAAUUCAGGGCUGGCAGAAGGACCCAUCAAACUGUACUCUGUAAAGAUUAAGAAGCCCAUCAAGACCAAGUUCCGUAUGCCAGUGUUUAAUUGGGUGGCGCUGAAACCCAACCAGAUCAAUGGCACUGUGUUCAAUGAGAUUGAUGAUGAAAGAAUACUGGAGGAUCUGAACGUGGACGAGUUUGAAGAGAUGUUUAAGACAAAAGCACAGGGACCAGCCAUAGACAUCACCUCAAGCAAACAGAAGACCUCUCAGAAAGGACCAAAUAAAGUCUCACUCUUGGAUACCAACAGGUCUAAAAACCUGGCCAUCACACUGAGAAAAGUGGGCAAGACUUCAGAAGAAAUCUGCAGAGCCAUUCAAAUAUUUGACCUGCGGACGUUGCCGGUGGAUUUUGUAGAGUGCCUGAUGAGGUUCAUCCCAACAGAAGCAGAGGUCAAGAUUCUGCGGCAGUAUGAGAAAGAUCGCAAACCUCUGGAGAACCUGACAGAUGAGGAUCGUUUCAUGAUUCAGUUCAGCAAGAUUGAGCGCCUCAUGCAGAAAAUGACCAUCAUGACAUUCGUGGGGAAUUUCGCGGAGAGUGUCCAGAUGCUCACUCCGCAACUUCACGCCAUCAUUGCAGCAUCUGUAUCUAUCAAGUCCUCACAAAAACUCAAGAAGAUUCUGGAAAUUGUCUUGGCUCUGGGAAACUACAUGAACAGCAGUAAAAGAGGAGCAGUGUACGGCUUUAAACUGCAGAGUUUAGACUUGUUAUUAGACACCAAAUCAACAGACCGCAAGCUCACACUUCUGCACUAUAUUGCAAAUGUAGUGAGGGAAAAAUACCAGCAGGUGUCGCUCUUCUAUAAUGAGUUGCACUAUGUUGAGAAAGCCGCAGCAGUCUCUCUAGAGAACGUGUUAUUAGAUGUAAAGGAGCUUCAGAGAGGAAUGGAUUUGACCAAAAGAGAAUACAGUAUGCACGGCCACAACACAAUGCUUAAAGAUGUCAUACAGCAAAACGAGAAUAAACUGAAAAAACUUCAGGAUGAUGCCAAGAUUGCUCAGGACGCCUUUGAUGAGGUGGUGAAAUUCUUUGGAGAAAAUUCAAAAACAACACCACCGUCUGUGUUCUUUCCAGUAUUUGUGCGCUUUGUAAAGGCAUACAGGCAAGCAGAGGAGGAUAAUGAACAUAAGAAGAGACAGGAGCAGAUGAUGAUGGAGAAACUGAUAGAGCAAGAAGCUUUGAUGGAACAAGAGAAUCAAAAGUCUCCCUCUCAUAAGAAUAAGCGGCAGCAGCAACAGGAUUUGAUCGCAGAGUUGAGAAAAAAGCAGGUGAAGGACAGCAGACAUGUGUAUGAGGGUAAAGAUGGAGCCAUCGAAGACAUCAUCACAGUGCUGAAGACUGCCCCCUUUACCGCGCGCACGGCCAAACGGAGCUCGCGUUACUUCAACGAGGAGCUCCACUUCUAAAGCUUAGACUCUGUCUCUCUGUUGAAGAUCUUAGAAACCAGCCUUACAGGCGCGCUGAUGCCGUCAGGAGGAGCGUUCGAAGACGAUUUGAUGAUCAAAACUUGCGGCCAAUAAACGAUGCAGAGAUGGUCAUGUGAUGAGGGAAGAGUGGAUGUGAUUGGAUGGACAUAGGGGAGUGAAAUAGGAGCUUACUGCUCUUGAUGGUGAUGGAUGAAGACCACGGUGGGAAGUGCCUCAUUUUAUUAUCUGUCUGAUCAGGUGUUGGAUCUGAUCACACCACACGAGUUUACACUCAUUGUGACGUUGUGUGAUUUUUUUUUACGACAAACUUGAUCUUUCUUUUAUACACUGCAGCUGAUGAUAAUGGAGCGAUUGUUUAAAACUAUUCCAAUACUAUGUAUCAAUAACUUAAACGAUGGCCUGUUACCUUCCAGUACAUUUGCCAUUUAAAACUACACUAUGAAAAUCAACUAUUACAACAUUAUUUUGAUACAUCACCUUACAUUUAAAGCAUAGCGCAAAAUGGAGAAGUUAAAGAUUGAUGUAUGACUAGUCAUCUGUCCAGCUCAUCGCAGAGCAGAACAUGUUUAAAGCACUUUUAUAUAUAUUGACACAAGGGCUAAUGUUAUCCUGAUGACUGAUGGAGUCAGAUGUAGCUCACUUGACCAGAUAGUGGAAGUUGAGUCAUGUAGGGGAAGGUGAAGAAAAGGACUGAAGGUGAAAUGUAAGGAGAUAUCUUUAUAUCACAGGUAACAUGCCUUUAUGUUUUUGAAGGACUUUUAAUGACCAGACAUUUAAGUCUGAAUGUAAAAUGUUACACAAGCAAAACAGGAUUUAGGGUUUGGUCUUCAAACUUAAGGGUUAUACACAAAUUAUGCACACAAACCAAACUGGAAAAGCAAGAGCUUAAAAUCUCAAAAACUUCUGCAUUGACAAAUUUAAGGCAAUUUAGUGGUGUUUCAGUAUGUACGCUAAUCUACAUACCAUGAAAGUCUAUAAGGUAAGGCACUCCACUGAAAUAAAUGUUACAAUUUACCCUGUUUAUGUGUAGCAACAAGACUUGACACUGUUAACACAAGAGUACUGUGAUAAAAUCGCAGUGAAGUUAUAGUUAAUCUUCAGCUUGGUUAUAAUAACUAUGUGAAGCUUUGAAACCAGAUCACUUGGAAUUGCAUUGAUAACCAAAACUUCUUCCACCUAGAAAGUUAAUCGACUGAGCAAUAAUAUUGUGUAAAUGAUCUUACUGAAAAGUGCUUUAAAAAAAUGUGAUCAUAUUUCUGCUUUUAAACCCUCCAGUACACAUGCCUAAUAGAUGUCUGUGUUAUUGUUUUUGUUUGUUUGUUUCUUCAUUUCUGCACUCUAAAAAUACUGGGUCAAAAGAAAUACGGUAAUCCAGAAAAUGUUUGUCUACAGUAUGUCAGAGGAUUGCCUGUAAUGUUAAAAAACCUUAACCCUCCAGCAAAAAUGCCACUGCAUUAACUUUUCAUAAAAUACGACGUAUGACCACUAAAUCAAAGUCCUCUGUGUCAACUUACUUCAUACAGUAAAGUCAGGGUCCUUAAAAUUCAAAUAUCUGACUUGUUCAGAAAUAUGCCCAGUUGUAUUCUAUGUAAUAUUUUAUGAUGCCUGAAUGAAAAGCAUAGAUUUUUUGUACAAUAUUGUCAUUAUAUUUAAGAUCAAACAAAUACAUUCACAAAAAAAGUAAAAAAAAAAUGUAUGUACAGAUAUUUUACUACAAAUUUGUCAUUUUUUAACUUUUUAAUCUAAUAUUGUACAUAUUGUUUAAAAAACAAAACAAUCUUACUACAGCGUUUGACUUUUUAACUUAUAGUUUCUCUUUUUCCUGCAUUUUGUAUAUUUAAUAAAACUAAAACCAUGAUUAUUGCCUUUAUGCAGUGUAGCACAUGCCGUAUUGCCAAAAAACCUACAUUUUUACAUUUCAUUUCAACUAAAACAUCUCAUCAGAUAGCUGCAAUCUUACAGUUGAAUGUUUUUUUGUUUUGUUUACCUUUGUGCAUUCCACUCAUAAAAACUGGAUUAAACUGGCAGGUUUUAUAUCUUAGGCAUUAAAUGCUUAUGGCAGAUCUGUUGUCUUAAAUUAGAUAUGUGAUUUCUCAAUGUCCAAGUAAAUAAACUAUUUACACAACUAUA